AUGUCUGCGGGUGUCGAACGAGAAGAUCUUUGGCUCAAAUACGCCACUGUACUGGUCGGUGGUUGGCGCUGCACGUCUUACCACAUGUACAGCACCGACGAUCCCGACUCCCAGCGCCUGAUCAGCAAACCACACGGUGAUGACCCUCUCGGCCGCGUUAUGAUCUCUCCAAAGGGCUAUCUCUCCGCUCACAUUGCGCGCCGCGAACGUAUGGGACCGUUACCAAGUGGCAAACAAUGGAUAGUCGGAGAAGACAGUGAGGUCGCACACGUGGCUAGGGGUCUGAGCAUGUAUUGCGGAUAUGUCAGUGUGUAUGAAGACGAGAAGGGACUAUUCUGGCAAGCCAAAGUCGAGGUGGCGAGUGACCCGAAUAGGGUAGGAGGCAUUGAGGAGAGGCGUGUCCGCAUCCUAGAGGAAGUAGCUGAGGGUGGUGAGAAGAAGAUUGUCAUGGAAUUGAGACCGAAGCAAGACAUGCUCGCAGAUGAUGGGACGCCAACGAGAGCCGUUCUGAGAUGGGAGCGUUUCGAGUAA